GGCGGGAUCCUAUGUACUAACCAGCGGACUGCGGAGGGGAUUACAGGGGGUAACGGGUGAGACCCUAUCAGUGUGUGUAUAUCCUUAUAAUACUGAUGGCUGGAUAAUGGGCUGAGACACUGUGUAUCUAUCUGUCUAUCUAUCUAUCCACAGUGUCUGUUCUCCCCUCUCCUCUCUCUCCUCCCCCUCUCCCCUAGAGGUGCUUCCUAGUCCAGUGCUGCACUGGCGUUCAGAAUCUCCACACUCUGCUUGGGUUGAAUGCAUCGCUAUGAGGAGAUGCUCAUUGGCACAACUCUGUGUUUUGCCACUCAUGCACAAUAGCCUCCCAAUGCUUUUUUUAUGGGAAUCAAAUUUGAUCUCAGUCACUGUGAGAACUGCACAGCGCUGGAAAAAAGUUGAGUAAAAUCACCCUUUUUUCAUGUAAAAAGAGGGGGCUGGGUAGUUAGUUUACCACUAGUGUCAGGAAUACAUGUUUGUGUUCCUUUAAAGUCUGUGUUAUGAGAGGUUUCUUUAUAAAAUAAUUUAGCUUAUUUUUAGAGAUUCAUCAUCUCAGAGUUUGGCGCAUCAAGUUAUUACUUCAUGUUAAUGGUUUGGCAUGAGUGCAGUCACUUUCUGUGGUUUAAUAGGUGUCUGGGAAAACAUGGUGGAUGUGGCAACCAUAAUAGUAAGUAGUUAUUCUGCCAUGGACCAUCAUAUCAAGUAUUUACCGUUACAAACUUGUAUUCCCAACGCUUUAGUGCUCUGCUAACUAGUUAGAUUACAACCUAUCCUGGUGAAGGAGAAAGGUGAUUUUACUUACCCUUUCUCUCUCGUAACACUGUUUUCUGCACUGCUGUCCCACCUCCUUGGCUCUCAGUCAAUCCAAUGCUUUUCCACAGGAAGGCAUUGGGUGGCUAGUGCGCGUGCGAGGCAUAAAUGCUGCUCCAUGUAAAUCAAAUGGUCUCUUUAAGAUGAUUUAAAAGAAAUAUCAGAGUUUUACUUUGCUUUUUCGGAGGAAGUGCCUCUAGUGACUGUCACUCUGACAGCAACUAGACAUAUUAACACAUUGCCAUUUCUGCAGAACAGUAAUAUUUUACAUUGCAAGGUUAGGCAGACAGCAACGUGGUCUGGUGCCAACAGUUUCUCUUUACUAAUGCAUAAUUAAAGGGACAGCAAAAAAUAUAAAAAGGUUGUGCCAAAAGGUGUAAAAAGAUAUUUUAAAAAGGCCAAAUAUUCACUGUCCACAUAUCGCAAUUCCAACUGUUUCUGGAUUCUUCGGGAAUGUUGGUUCUUGGUUAGGAUGCUUGUAAAUAUAUGUAGGGAGAUACAAAAUAACAUAAUAGUCCAGACUGUUUUGGCAGAAAAAUAGGGCUCACAACAGUAAAAUAUAUGAGGUAACAUUCACAUGUUAUAGAGCUUAAGCUAGCUCUAAGUAAAAUUGCUUGCAGUGGUAAAAUCCCCACUGAUGGAUAUGUAACUUUUGAGGCGAAUAUCUCAAUGUGCAGGUAGAUAUGUGAAAGAAUAAUAAAAUAUCCAAUAGUGCUCACUAGGGAUCGACCGCUACUCAGAGUGCCUGGCAGGAGGGAGCGCUAUGCGCUCAUCUCCUGCUGGUCACUCUGAUCUAGCGCCCCCUGGGCCCUAAGGCGCCCACCUUAUUGGUGCGCCGGCCCACUCAUUCAUUAUCGGUAUUGCCGAUUAAUAUCGGCCGAUAAUAUUGGCAAAACCAAUAAUCUGUCGAUCCCUGGUGCUCGCUGUAAACAUACAUGUGUGAUGCAGUACAUAUAUGUAUUAUAAUCACUACCAGGAAUAUGAUGGUAAAUAGUUGUCCAGAGCUUAAAUAAUGUCAAAUCACUUGCAGUUUAAAAUGCUUCCAACCCUCAAAGGAGAUCCCAGUGAAGUCUCUAUUUAAAGGGACAUUUUAAGUAUCCUAACUUACUGAAGCAGUUUUAGUGUAUAGUUUAUGCCUCUGCAGUCUCUUUACUCAAUUAUCUGCCAUUUAGGAGUUAAAUCACUUUGUUUAAGCAUACCUGACCACAUCACCCCACAUCACAUCUGUGCAGGAGAUAAGAACAUAUAAAGUAAACCAACUGGGCCUUAAAUCAGAUUAAGAAUUAAACCUUUUUUCUUUCAAGGUUACACAGUCAGGGGAUGUGUGGCAAGUGCUGCAUAGAUUAAAAGGUUUAUUCACUAAAGUGGGAAUUGAGAGUUAAUGUCAAAUUAGUUGCUUCCAGUAGGGAUCGACCGAUUAUCGGUUUUACUGAUAUUAUCGGCCGAUAUUCUGUAUUUUCGCCAAUAUAGAUACCGAUAAUACCUCCCAGGACCGCCGGGCUUAUUAUAAGCCCGGCGGUCCUGGGAGGGGGUGGGAGGGAGGGCGGGGCGCAGGAAACUGUUACUUACCGCUCCUUCAGCUCCCUGUGUAAAUCUUGCGAGUCCUGCGGCCGUCAGAGCAUUGCCACGGGUUACCCUGGCAAUGCUCCUCAUGGCACGCAGACCGUGAGAUUUACACUGGGGAGCUGAAAGAGCUGCUGGGAGGUAAGUAACAGCUUGCUGUGGGCCCUCCCACUGCUCAGUACAUGCCACUGGACCACCAGGGAAUGCCAUAUCCCCCCUCCCUGGCCAGGUAACAAGCAGGGAGGGGGAAUAAUAAAUAAACCAUAUAAAUAUAAAAAUUUUACACAAAUUACAUCCCUUCAGAAACACACACUGCAUUAUCUACACACACACUGCAUUAUCUACACACACACUGCAUUAUCUACACACACUACACACACUGCAUUAUCUACACACACUACACACACUGCAUUAUCUACACACACACUGCAUUAUCUACACACACUGCAUUAUCUACACACACUGCAUUAUCUACACACACUGCAUUAUCUACACACACUGCAUUAUCUACACACACUACACAAACACUGCAUUAUCUACACACACUACACACACUGCAUUAUCUACACACACACUGCAUUAUCUACACACACACUGCAUUAUCUACACACACACUGCAUUAUCUACACACACACUGCAUUAUCUACACACACACUGCAUUAUCUACACACACUACACACACACUGCAUUAUCUACACACACUACACACACUGCAUUAUCUACACACACUACACAAACACACACACACUGCAUUAUCUACACACACUGCAUUAUCUACACACACUACACAAACACACACACUACACAAACACACACUGCAUUAUCUACGCACACUGCAUUAUCUACGCACACUGCAUUAUCUGCACGCUACACAAACACACGCUGCAUUAUAUACACACGCUGCACAAACACACGCUGCAUUAUAUACACACGCUGCACAAACACACGCUGCAUUAUAUACACACGCUGCACAAACACACACUCUGCAUUAUAUACACACUCUGCAUUAUACGCAAACACACACUCUGCAUUAUACGCAAACACACACUCUGCAUUAUACAAACACUACACAAACACACACACUUCAUUAUAUACACACUACACAAACACUACACAAACACACACACUCUGCAUUAUAUACACACUACACAAACACACACACUCUGCAUUAUAUACACACUCCGCAUUAUACACACACACUACACAAAAACACACACACUCUGCAUUCAUUAUAUAUACACACUGCACAAACACAUUGCAUCCACCAAACACACACUGCUCCCCUGUCUAAACACACUGCAUCCACUGCGUGUGGCAUGUAUAUUUUGUGCAUUUACCUUAAGAAAUUGUUUAUUUUUUCAAAAUGGUAAAUGUACAGAAUUUCGGCUAUAGGCCUGAAAGUUCACAGAUUAUCGGUAUCGGCUCUAAAAAAUCAAUAUCGGUCAAUCCCUAGCUUCCAGAUUGGCCACUUUAGCCUUUAAUUUGACAUUCAGUUUUGAUUCUUACUCUUAUCAAGAAACCCGAAAGUAGUUUAACUCCUACAUGACAGAUAACUCAGCAGUGCGAAUGCAGAAGCAUAAUACAUACACCAAAACUGCUUUAUUAAGCUGAAGUUGUUUUGGUGCUUUGAGUAUCCCAUUAACAGUAAUGCAUUAUCACAGUCAAUCUUACCUGACCUCCGGUACGGUGCCGGGUUGGGUUAAUUACUAAUCUCAUACAAUCACUGCUGUCCUGUCUGGAUAAAGUGAAUUUUUUUUCUAAACCGUUUGCCAUGAAAUUAGAGGCCGGUGCUCAGAGACUUGAAAGGGAAACUAUAAUGUAAGGAAUACAAAGUAGGGAUCGACCGAUAUUGAUUUUAUUUUUGUGUAGUGUGUGUGUGUGUAUAGUGGAUGCAGUGUGUUUGUGUAGUGUGUGUGUGUGUAUAGUGGAUGCAGUGGAUGCAGUGUGUUUGUGUAGUGUGUGUGUGUGUAUAGUGGAUGCAGUGUUUGUGCAUUGUGUGUUUGUGCAGCGAGUGUUCUGUAGGUAUGGAAGUUUUUAAAAUGAGGAGUGGGGAGGCAUUUUUAUUGUUUUUACACUUAAAAAAAAAAAAAAAAUUUAAUUUUUUAAAAUUGUUUUAGUCCCCCCUCCCUGCUUCUUGCGUGGCCAGGGAGGUGGCAUAUGGUGGUCCGUUGGCAUGGACUGUGCAGGGGGGGGCCCCGCAGGACUCUUACUUACCUUCCCACUAGCUCCCCUGUGUAACUCUCGCGGUCUGUGUGUCGCGCGGAGUGUUGUCAUUGUAACCCGUGGCAACACUCUGACGGCUGUGAGACUCUCAAGAGUUAGACAGGGGAGCUGAAAGGAGUUGCCGGGAAGGUAAGUAAGAGUGUGUUGGGCCCCCAGGGACCGCCGUGGGCCCACCUAGACCCUGAUGGCUGCCCUGGUCUGCAUUAUCAGCAAUAUCUGUAUUUUUAUUGGUCGAUAUCGAUGUUGCUGAAAAUACAGAAUGUCGGCCGAUAAUAUUGGCCAUACUGAUCAUCGGUCGAUCCCUAAUACAAAGUUGGCAAGCCUCUAAAUUGGUGCCCAAGUGCACCUGCGCUGGCUCGUGCAAGCACACACUGUUGCGUGUGCGCUCUAUGGCUCAUGCACGUCUGGUCUGAGGUCUGUGUGGGAGUCCAACUGGAGUCAAGCUAGGAUACUCCUCAGACAUAAAAUACUUGAGCAAGAUGAAGUGCUUUUGGGUGUGGAUUGGUCCUUUUAAUUAUGCAUUUUACAAAAGCUGCAGUUUUCUUGUCUGCAGCCUUACCCUUCUAACACCACCCAGACUUUCUGUCUGUCUAAUCACGGACUUAACAAUGCGGCUCCAUUAACCCCUUAAGGACCAAACUUCUGGAAUAAAAGGGAAUCAUGACAUGUCACACAUGUCAUGUGUCCUUAAGGGGUCAAAUGCUUUGUAAGGCAGGUGCUCUGGGCAGUUGUCUGCGUCGAAGUUUAGCUACACUGAACAGGAAAUAACAGGACCGGUUGUCUUGUUGACAGCAUGGUUAAUUUAUAAAAGUACAGAUUUCUAUUGAAAUUUGCACUUUUUGGAAUGCAUAUAAAGCAUUUGAGAAAGCUAAAGUGCCUUAAGGGUCUGGAAUAUCCUUUUAAUUUUACAAAUUUUAAGGUAGAACUUUUCAUGACCCUCUGAAGAAAUAAAUAGCUGUGAUACAAUGGUUGACCUACAUGUUUGGAAUAUGGCUCCCUUGUAUAGGUGGUAGGGGAGCAUAAGCCAGUCUUCCAAUAAUCCAGAUAAUACAAAACCUGAGCACCACAACUCCUCCUCUUCAGACAUACAAGAUUUUUUUAGUGCAACCUGAGCAGAAAAAAGAUUGCACAACUUUUUCAUAAUAUGGCCUUCCCCUGACCAGCAGGUUCUGUAAUUGAAAUAUUGCUAAAUCACUUCAUGUACUGGGUGCUGCACAUUUACACCUUGCGCAGCUGGCGAGAAGACAAUAUUGUGAUGGAGUCUUUGUCUUGUUUAUAACACGGUGGACUUGUCACCUGUAAUGUGCACACAUGUCCAAUGUGCGUUGUCACUCAGAAAUUGGAGUAUUAACCUCUGUAUACAGCUAUAAAUCUUUCCAAAUGCAAAACACGCAUGUUGUAUGUUUAGUUUAUUCUGCAUGAUACAUUCUGAAAUUCAGUUUUAUACUGCUCUGCCAAUAUGGUGGCAGUACAUAUGGGUUGUGCUUCGUAAUUGGGAUAAGCAUCUGCAAGAUAGGUAAUUAUGAAAAGUCCUUCCCCCUUUACCCUAUUAAGGGCUUCCCCUGGCAAACCCACCUCAGUUCUUCCUUGUCCCAGCACGGGACGGGUCAAGCAUCUGUUUAAGGUGAGGCACACAGGUUGCUGUCUGGGGGAGGAAGCCCGAUACCUGCCCAGGUGGUAGGAUGAGCGGCAUGGCUCCGUUCGUGGAGGUUCCAGAGACCUUUCUGUUUAACUUUGCGCCAAGUAUGUUCCGGCUUGGUGAGUAUGGGCGGGGUGACGCAUUCAUUAUGUUGAAGGCCAUGCGCCGGGGCACAUCGGUGGAACGCACGCCAGGAUGAUGUUGCGUUCCACUGACGUUACGGGAAACCGCCGUGUGUGGAUUGCUGUGCUGUUCCCUCUGGCAGCAGGAAGCUUGUCAGAAGGGUUCCCUGUGUCACCAACCCCCAAUUGGUCUUCGUAUAUACUGGUUAGAAGUUUAUUUAAAGCAAUGGGCUUCUUAGGCCACCCAGGAAGUUCUGUUUCCCUCCUGGGAUCUUUCUUCAGUCUGUCAGGUCCCCUUUUACUUUGGAGGCUGUUCCUUUUAAUAUGCUAAAGCUUGAGGCAUUUUCAGGCUAGAUGUACUCUCUGCCUCUAAAAUUGCAUUAGGGUGUAGGUACUUCAAACUGUUUAGGCAUAAGGCCCACCCGAUUGGGAAUCUUGCUAUGUCCCAUAAAUACUGCCACCAUAUGUCAGAAAAAAAUGAAAUUUUCACUCACCGUAAAUUCUUUUUCUUAAUAUGGUGGCAGUACAAAUCUCACUCCCUCUAAAUUACAACUUUGCUUACAGUGUGUGGCUUAGGUGUGUAUUCUUGCUACGACUGAGGUGGGUUUGCCGUGGGAAGCCCUUUAUAGGAUAAAGGGGAGGGACUUUUCUUAAUCACCUAUCUUGCAGAUGCUUGUCCCAAUUGGGAAGCACAACCCAUACGUACUGCCACCAUAUUUAGAAAUAAAGAAUCCACAGUGAGUAAAAAUUUCUGUUUUUAAUGCCCACCCAUUUUUAGUCUUCUGCUCUGUUAAAUUCGAAGGAAGCAAGGAGCCUCUAUUUCAAUUAAUAUGAGAAAGGUGUGAGAAGAGAAUGAGAUUGAAUGAGGGUUAAAGAGGCACAUGCACCAACUGCCACGCUUCAUUCACCGGGAAAAUGGAGGCUGAAGAGAGUCCUCUCCCUGACAUAAAACUCUGCGGCAGUUGGUGAAUCUGUUUAACAUUGUGAUUGUGCAGCUGCCUUGAUCGUUUGGGGCCUCAGGCAAUCGACCAACUUAUUGCCCCGUCUCAUUUGUGGUAAGCAGAUAAGGUGGCCAGACUGUCAGGGUUUUAUGGGGAAUGUCGUUCCCACUGGGUGUGACUCAUUGUUUUUGGUAAAAUAUUGUUAAUCAAUGUGGUUUUAUUCAUUGUUUCAUUAUCAAAAUAUUAUUAAAGGACCACUAUAGGCACCCAGACCAUUUCAGCUCAAUGAAGUGGUCUGGGUGCCAGGUCCCUCUAGUUUUAACCCUGCAACUGAAAACAUAGCAGUUUCAGAGAUACUGCUAUGUUCACACUGAGGGUUAAUCCAGCCUAUAGUGGCUGUCUCACUGACAGACGCUAGAGGCCGCUUCCGCGAUUCUCACUGUGAAAAUCACAGUGAGAAAAUGCUGACGUCCAUAGGAAAGCAUUGAGCAAUGCUUUCCUAUAGACUGUUUUAAUGCGCGUGCGGCUCUUGGUAAGUGGCUGAAAGAGUUUUAACCCCUUCAGCCCGGUGGGGGGGGGGCCUAAGGAUUACAUAGUGCCAGGAAUACGAGUUUGUUUUCCUGGCACUGUAGUGCUCCCUUAAGGGGAAUCUGUAAGAGCCUGCCUCGGACGUGAAAUAAGCUGAAAAGUGUAUUUAAUAUCUGAUGAAACCAAAAAAAGUUGUAAUCCAUUUUGAGAGCGAAACCAGAUUUACAGUGGAUUUCCAUUUUCAUACUGAAAGCUGUCUUGGGGCAGAAAUUCUGGUACUUCGCUAGAACAGUGAGUCUUAGUGCUUCUCUGUUUAUUUUUUCUAUUUUUAUCUGUUUGUUGGUGUAUGUAAUUUGAACGUCAACAUGUUACUGCUCUUUUAAAUUUCUUUUUUUUAUAUUUUUAUUAAAAUCACUUUUAAACUGGCCUAUAAUCUAUUUCCAAGACAAACUCCUCACUCCAGCCUGAUCUUUCUCUUUUUCUAUUCAGCCAUUUUUUGAAGUCACCAUGAGGUCAGGAGCAGAGGUUUUGUGCGAGGGAAACACAUCCACCGAGGCUGCCGAACCUGAAGAGAGUGUGAUUAUAAUCAGUGAUGAUGAAGGGGAAGUUACACUCGGCCUUGGGAAUUCUGUGCUGUUGAUAGAAGAUGCUGGAGGUGAGUGUCUUCUGUUACUUUAAAAAAUUAAAAAUAAUAAUAAUUCAUGUGUUAGUGUGAAAUAUACCCUUCUACAUAAGGUCGGCCCCAGUGGCAUAUUCAGCCUGCUUUCACUAUAAUUGUCAGCAUGAACUAACCCACUCGCACACUCUCAUAAGCAUGGCGGUUAGUACUUUUAGUUGGUAGCUCAGAUUUCCCCCACACCUAGCCAUGCUUCUCCAACUCGUGCCACUAGGGUAGAUAUGCCCUUCUGCAAUGUGACAUGCUACUGUUGACUCUAGAUAGCCUACAUUUGUCCUCGUGGCAUACAUGCUGAGAUUUAGUUCAUUUCUUUUAUUUGUUUCUUAAACAUGUACCUGCAUCUUAGCAAAAUGUGUGCUAGUGCCUGUUAGGUUUUAUGUAUUAAUGUUGACAACCCACUGACAUAGCUAAGGACGCCUGUUUCUAACAUCUACUCCUUAAAAAUGUGCCGCUACUUCCAUGCCAUCUACGUGACUUAAUGUGGUAUCACUGUACUUAAAUAUGCUGUUGUGCCAUCGCAUGAUGUUUUGUUACCGGUGCACAACCAAAAAUAAAGAAUUAAAAAAAUAAAAUAAAAAGCCACUGUACCCCUUAUACUCUGGAAUACCACCAACAUUAGCGAUCACAAUAGGGGUGAUGGGCACCAGCUCCAUAUACGGGACCAGGCUUCGAAGGGCUGUGGAAGGAGAUGUUGACAUGUUAUUUUAUCUGCAGGACGAUCAUAGUCUAUGUGCAUACUGCUGUAUUUUUACCCUUGUUCCUCAUCUUUUUUUCUUUCUGUACCUCUCCCCUUCCAAUCCACUGGUACAUGCUAAUUUCGAGUUUUACUCUGACAUGAGUGUGUGCGCUACGUUCUCUGUACCAAUACUGGUACACUUUUAAAUUACGGAAUGUACUGAACUGUACCUGUUCCUUUUUCUAUGGAAAAAAACAAAACAAAAAAAAUGCAAUAAAUUAUGAUCGGGGGGGGGAGGGGAAGGAUUUUUACCAACAAAAAAGGCACUGAUGGCCUUGCUUCCUCCAUGGCAUGUACAUUCGAAUGCUCCUUGUAGACAUUGGGGACAGUGAGUGCUGUGCAAGGAGCCAGUGCUUCUCAAGUUCGCCAGCUUAAAAGUGGUACUGUUGCCAUGUGACAUGUACACUUGCAUGGUAACAGGAGGUAACCCUUGUUUAAAUAAUUUCCCUCCUUGGUGCUACCACUUUUCAGUCCAGCUUAAUCUGCGAGUGUCUGGAUCACUGGUGCUCUUUGGUGCUCGUGACAAGAUGUGGCAUUCAAAAGCUGUUUUAAACUGUAUUCAUGGUCAUAAGGAUUCUGUUUGAAAAACUCAAAUUAGGGAUCGACCGAUAUUGAUUUUUUAGAGCCGAUACCGAUACCGAUAUUCUGUGAACUUUCAGGCCGAUAGCCGAUAUAAUUUGCCGAUAUUCUGUACAUUUACCAUUUUGGAAAAUAAAAACUAUUUCUAAAGGUAAAUGCACAAAAUAUACAUGCAAUGUGCAGUGGAUGCAGUGUGACAGGGGAGCUGUGUGUGUUUGUGUAGUGUGUGUAGUGGAUGCAGUGUGUGUUUGUGUAGUGUGUGUGUUGUGGAUGCAGUGUGUGGAGGAUGCAAUGUGUGUUUGUGUAGGGGAUGCAGUGUGUAUUUGUCUAGUGUGUGUAGUGGAUGCAGUGUGUAUUAGUGUAGUGUGUAUAUAAUGAAAGCAGAGUGUGUGGGUAGUGUGCGUAAAGUGAAUGCUGUAUAUACUAAAUUCAAAGUGUGUGUGUGUGUGUAUAUAAUGAAUGCAGAGUGUGUGUGUAUUUGUGUAGUGUGUGUAUAGUGAAUGUAGUGUGUUUAUAUAAUGCAGAGUGUGUAUAUAAUGCAGUGUGUUUGUGUAGUGUGCAUUAUAUAAACACACUACACAAACACUGCAUUAUAUAAACACUACACAAACACUGCAUUAUAUAAACACUACACAAACACACACACUGCAUUAUAUACACACUACACAAACACACACUGCACAAACACACUACACAAACACACUGCAUUAUAUAAACACUAUACAAACACACACUGCAUUAUAUAAACACACUACACAAACACACACUGCAUUAUAUAAACACACUACACAAACACACACUGCAUUAUACAAACACACUACACAAACACACACUGCAUUAUACACACACUACACAAACACACACUGCAUUAUACACACACACUAUACAAACGCACACACUGAAUUAUAUACACACACUAUACAAACACACACUGCAUUAUAUAAACACACUACACAAACACUGCAUUAUAUACACAGUGUGUUUGUAUAGUGUGUGUAUAUAAUGCAGUGUAUUUGUGUGCAUUGUAUACAAACACACACACACACACACACUAUACAAACACACACUGUAUUAUAUACAUAGUGUGUUUGUGUAGUGUAUGUGUAUAUAAUGCAGUGUGUGAGGGGGCAUUUUUUAUUAAAUUAUUUAAAAAAAAAUGUAUAAUUAAUUAUUAUUUAUUUUUGUUGUCCCCCCUCCCUGCUUGUUACCUGGCCAGGGAGGGGGGAUAUGACAGUUCCUGGUGGUCCAGUGGUAUUGGCUGAGCUGGGGGGGGCGGGCAGCAAGCGCUUACUCACCUCCCAGCAGCUCCUCCAGCUCCCCAAUGCAACUCUCGCGGCCAGCGUGUCGCGCGGAGCGUUGCCAUGGUGAUCCAUGGCAACGCUCUGACGGCCGCGGGUCUCGCGAGAGUUGCACUGGGGAGCUGGAGGAGCUGCUGGGAGGUGAGUAAGCGCUUGCUGCCCGCCCCCCCCCGGACCGCUGGGCUUGUAAUGAGCCUGGCGGUCCUAGGAGGUAUUAUCGGCAAUAUCGGUAUCUGAAUUGGCCGAUACCGAUAUUGCCGAGAAUACCGAAUAUCGGCCGAUUAUAUCGGUAAAACCGAUAAUCGGUCGAUCCCUAACUCAAAUGACUCAGUAGCUUUAAGAAAUGGACUGUAAAAUGCUUCCUUGUGUUUGAGUUGAUUAACCCAUGCGCCAUCAUACAGCUUUUAGUGCUAAUCCCACAAUCUGGGACUCCGCAUUUCUUUAUUACAUACUCCUUCUCACACUAGAACUCGCUCACUGACCUAAUGUGAUUUUUAAAAAGGUUAAAAAGCCCAAAACAAACAUCAGAAAUUGACAAAAUCUUAAUAACUGUCCCUGUUCGCAGUAUGUAUACCGUAUUAGCUCACUUUACAGAGGGGACCAGCUAUACCAGUGGUGGCAAACCUACCUAUAGUAUGGGUGUCAGUGCUGGCACUGGAGACCUUUGAGAUGAGUCUCAAUGUGCAGUCCCAUAACAAAAUGCCAGGCAGGUCCCCUGUAUAUGGAUUAGAAAUCUGUCAUGUAUAGCUGAUACCCCUCUAAGAAUAGUGGGCAAUACUGGGUGCCACAUCUAGGGAGACCCUUCAAUACAUGAAAAAGGAAUAGAAGGAGUAGAUUUUUCUUCAUUAUUUUUCUCAACUCUGUUAUACUCUAUUCUCCAUAAACACGGCAAUGGGUUUUAUGGGAGGCGUUUACAAAUAAUUUGACACUUACCUGGCUCUGAAAGUACUCGAUUAAGCAAGUAGUAAAUUCAAGCACAAUUUGCUCUCCCUAACGCACUUCUUACAUGGAAUGCCUGAAGGGACAAAUCAGCUGAAUCGUCUACAAAUAUAUAGGUGAAAAUGCUAUUUAAAAAAAAAUAAUAAUGAUAAUAAUUUGAUGUAAUUGUCUUUGUAGAAAAGUCUUUUAUUCGUGAGAAGACAGCCGAGGAGGUACUGGAUGAGGAGCUGGCCAUUACUUUCAGCAAGCAAGCACAUGUAAUGCCCCACGCAAGAUAUGAUUGUCCGAAGCACCCUUUCAUGUAAGCAUGUUACAUGAGAUGGGCCAUAGUGACGAGUAACAUAGUGCGUAAUGAAGUAUAAAUGCCAAUAUUCCUGUGUCCUAGGCGCUCUGAACAAGAAACUCAAGUCCCGCUGGACGGGAACGCAAAUUCCUGCACUGAAUGCUACUGCUACCUCUGCGAUAAGCUUUCCUCGGAGGUAAUGUCUUGAAUGUUUUUUUUAAAUCUGUGACUUCUGCUUUUACUGUGGUUAAAACUUGGUGUGUUCGGAGUGAUCCUUGUGGGCGUUAUAAAACGUGCUGAAAAGUGGAGAUACAUAUAGAACAUAUUACAGGAUAGUGAUGUCAUUUUGUGCCACUGACAAGAUGAAAUAUGAAUUGAAAGCGAGAAUAAAAACCUGCUGGUAUAGGAGGCAGAGGUGUUGGUUUCUGUUCUCUUUUAAAAGGGAAACAUAAGCUGAUAGCAGAUUAAUUCUAAGGUGCAUACAUUUUUCUUUCUUACCUCAAAACAGUGUCAAAACUGGACAGUAUUCUCCAUCUGCCACUGUAAUGCGCAUAACAAGAGUAAAUACUGGAAAGAGCAGAGAGACACUGCUUUGGCUGGGGUGCUUACUAUAUUUAAUUUGGACCUCACAGAGAUUGACUCCGAGCUUCGAGAAGGAGGUAUGUGUCAAAUGUUUAAUCUUGAUGAUUUUAUGUAUAUACCUUAAAAGAAAAGUACUCUUCACCGACUCUUAUUCCUGUACCAGCUGCCUGAUAUCAGUUCUAUCCAAAUUGGGGGUGCACCCUCCUAAAGUGCAACUUGCACUGUGCUCUCACUGCUCCCUGGGGAGAGAAACCAGCCACUGACCGUGGUUCUGUCAAUCGGAGCUCACUGCCCAGUUUACUAAACAGUGAAUCUGGUUGUGUUUAAACAGAUAACUGCAGGCAGUGAAGCUGCGUACCGUUUACAGAGCAGUUAUAUUCUUUAUUUUCAAAGGAGGCCUGAUUGUGCAUGGAUCUCUCUGCCAAUGGGCCAGCUGGCAUAAUUGUGUCUGAUGCAUUAUGAUGGUGCUGAUGUUCCCUCAAAAUGAAAGUGCUGGAUAUUUGUAUAUUUUUCCCUCCAAUAAGUGCAUUGACAGUGUUUUGUUGAUUGAUCACAAUGACAUUUCCAUGUUAAGUGCUCGCUCCCUGACUUUUCAUUCCUGUCUUUAUUGAGCUGGAAACACAUAGGGCCUGUUUGCAUGACAAAACAUGUUUCAGUAUAUUGACCUGACUCUUAUCAAAAUAUUCUGGGGGAACUUUAUCUUCCAAAUGAUCUUCUGUUUGCCUUAGGGAACCUGUUGCAGAACUUCAUCAGCGAACUCUCUGUGGCAUACAACAAGUAUUUGGAAGGCACAUUAGUGCCCCGCGAUGACCUUUAUGCGUGCAUGUGUCAGUGUCAUUGCCUAAAGUCUGUGAACAAAUGCAAUUUAUGCCGAGUUAAUCACUCCCAAAUCCUCUUCUACAGGUAAUAUUGGUGCAUGCAACUUUUUUGCUUCGUGUUUAUAUAAGUGGAACUAAAACCCUCUUAUCUUAAACCUUUUCUCCGUUUUUACACUAUUCUUGAAGCAUUCUCCCUGGCAUGCCCUGUUCCUUAUCUUUUAUUAAAGCAAAACUUAUUUGCACAGCUUCAAUGAUUAGAAAGUCAUUUCUAGUUACAGACCAUUUCUCUGAUUUAUUUGCAUCAUUCUGAUCAGGACACCCUACUGCUUCUACUGACAUGUUCUUAUUUCCUUCUUUUUAAUAUCACACUAAUAUUGGUUUCUGUUUUGUUUGAUUUUGUUUUUCGUAUUAUUUAACAAAAUCUCUCCCUCUCCCCAGUUAUACCUCCGUAUUCAAAUUGGUGACAGAAUAUUUAAACAAAGCAGAAACUAAAAGUCCGAAGACGGCCGCAGUGAUGCUGCUGGGUGUAGCCAAAGAGUUAACCUUUCAUAAGGCAGCACCUAGGUGAGUAUGAAAUCUGGUCUUAAAGGGUCACUACAGACCACUGAAUUACUUUAGCUUACUAGAAAGCCUUGUGUGAAGAGAGCACGUGCCUUGCAAAGACUUCUCAUUGAGCUGCAUUGGAAAGUCUGUGAUUGGACAGCCACUGAAAGUCUGGGCCAGGUUAGAAGGGGAGGGCUUGCAAAGGCAGCAGACAAGAGCACUGCAGGUUUUACAAGCUGAAUUUACAUAUAUCCCCAAAUUAAAAAAAAAAGGCAUAAUUAAAUACAUGAAAGUUUUCAUUUGGGAUAAAUCUACAAAACAGUGAUAAUUUAUUUUGUAUUUGGGCUACCGAGUGUCCCUUUAAUUAAACCAUGGACUGCACAGUUCUUUGACCAUGGUUGUUUUUUGGAUCACAACCCAUAUGGUUUAAAAAGCUGUUUUAAACCACUUUUUCAUUGCGAAAGAUACCUGCAGAAAUGUGGAAUGAAGUUUACAUGAUGCCUGUCUUUGCCACUCUGCAUAUUUAGCUAAGUAUUGGAGAAUUGUUCUGGCUGCAUGUUGAGUGAGCAGUGGGAGGAUGCAACAUGUUUUGGGGAGCUGUGUUCGUGGAGGGGCCAGAAUAUGUCAGGUCUUUCCACUCAAUGGCUCUCAUAUCGCCUGCUAAUGAAAACUUAGCUUCAGAGAUCAGGCAGAGGGAAUGAGUGCUCCCUGCCAUGCUUCAGAACAAAAAUUUGGAAACAGUCUGAAAAGUGAAAUGUGGGGUGUGGGAGAGACACAGACAGAAGGGGGUUGUAGAAGAGGGAGACACAGAGCAGAUCGCUGUAAUUAUUCAAUCAGAAACAUCAUAUGGCAGGGGCCCCAUGUAAGGAUUUCUUUCUAGAAAGGUGUUGCACCCCCUAUUUUACCUGCUUUAUAACGUUUACAUUUCUGGGAUACUUGUCGAUACAAUCUGUAAGUCAUAAUGUAUUUUGUUUGUUUUUCUUGCAGUGCUUUCACAUAUAAAGAACCCAGUGCAAAUCUAAAACCGGCUACAGUCCUUUUAAUGACAAGGUACAGCCAUAGAUUUUGCUCCUAUAGAGAGUACCUUUCAAAUUGACUAUACGUGAGUGGAUGUUAUGAAAAAUGCUGUGUGGUCACCAUGUAAAGAUGCUUUUGAUCUAUACAUGUGCACUUUAUAUUUUGAAAUAUCUUAUUAUGCAAGAUGAUUCUUGUCACAUUAAAGCGGCUCUGUCAUGACCUGAUUGAAAUUUCUUUUGCUAACUUUAGUAUCUAACUUGUCUGUUCAAGAGAGGCCACAUAUGAUUGCCAUCUUAAAAUAAUUCAAUUUAAUUUUUUUACAUUUAAUGCACAUUUCAUGCAAAUAUAAUAUAAAACACCAAGAUAUCUACAAAUAUAAAUACAAAAACAGAACAUAGGAUAAUAUUGUAGUGUUUCCAUGGUAAUUACUCUCCUAAAUUGAAGUGGUUAGUAGGCAUAUCACUUUCUUUUGGGCAGUUAUGUUCUAAAAAUGAAACAUUCUCACGUUUUUGUCUUUCCCCUGAAUAGUGUAUACAGAUUUUAUACACACACCCAUCUCCUCUAAUCCUAGUUCUAUUUGUUCUGAAAUUAAAUGGAUUUCCAACAGAGAUGGGAAUUGAAAAAGUGUUAUGUGGUCAGUGGAAUGUGGGGAAGUGUUAUGUUUUCUACAACCAAAUGUACCGGUCAUGUUGGUAAAUUGUUCGAUAAUUGAAUGUAAAUCUUGACAUGGCGGCUCUGGAGCUAUGAUUAUCAUCUAUUUUCAGGAUUGUAUCCAUUCUCCAAGGGCUAUUGGUUUUAUCUGAUUUCCCUAAGAAUAUCUUUGAGAAGUUCGUAGUAUUUUUCCGAUCCCUUCAGCUUCCUCCUCAUUUUUUCUCUUUUACGAACGGGUAAGUGAAUCAAAGAGGAUUUUAAAGAGGGCCUGACUGUUCUAUGAUCUUCCAAGGGACCGCUCAUAUGGAUUUAUCAAAUGUUAUAUAAAUGUAUUUGUAUACGGAUCAAGUAAAAAAAAAAUAUUACAUGUCCGCUUUUGUAAUUUAAACACACGUUUAAAAUAAGUCUGAAAAUGCUCAAAUAUGUAAACUAAACUUUCAAUUAUAUUUGCAAGAUAACGGAGGGAGUUACUUUUGCUAUGUAAAUAGAUUAAGGGGACACUAUAGUCAGCAGAACAACUACAGCUUAAUGUCGUUCUGGUGAGUAUAGUCAGUCCCUUUAGGCUUUUUGAGACAGUGCUCCCUAGAGACACCUCCACUGGCCACUCAUCAGACGGCCACUACAGGUGCUUACUGGGUCACUGAGUAAGGAGAAGCUGAACUUUUCUCAUAGGGAUGCAUUGGUUCAAUGCAUCUCUAUGAGGAGAUGCUGAUUGGCCAGAGUGGCUUUGUCCCCGCCCUGUGCCUCCUUGGCUGAGAUCAUCAGAAUUGACAAUCUCAGCCAAUCCAAUGCUUUCCUAUAGGAAAUAAACACGAGAUGUACUCUUUACCUUUUCAGAAAGACUGUUCUAUUAGAGUACAGCUUUAUUUAUAAAAAAAAUAUUUAAUUCAAGCUAAUAAGCAAAGAAAGAAACUUGCAGCAGAUCACAUUGUUUCAUGCAGUCACUGUAGUUUUAAAUAGUAACUUUAUUUGUGUCUUUUUAAAAUACAGUAUGAACAACAUUGGUAAGGAAUAGUAUAGCAAACCACUAACAACUCACGUCUGCCAUGCUCUGAGCACUCAGGCUGUGGGUCACUUGGAGUUGGAUUAGAGAUUAUCUCAAGGCAAUCCUGCACAGAUGCCGUCUUGAUGCCUUGUUUAUGAAUAGUUUCAUUAAAAGGUGAAUUGCAGUAAUAAUUAUUAGUCCUAUGAGAUGGAUUUCAAAAAUAUUUCUGUCUCAAGAAGUGUCCGAUUUACAUUAAAAUAUUAAUUUCCUAACCGGUUUCAAAGACCUUAAAGGUUUACCUAGCUCUCUUCCAAUGAAGGUAUCGGUAAAACCUUGGUCAGUGGUUCUUGAGGGCUGUUGGAAUUAUUGGUACAUGAUAUUAGGCGUUACAUUCCUCACGAUGCUCAGACAGCCCAUAGUCUCCCUUGAGUAUAUUAGAAGUACAUUUUAGAGCUCCGGAACUUUCUAAAUCUCUAAUUCUUGGAUCUUGGUGCACAAUAUGCUGUUGUGUGGUGUUGAAAAUUGAAAAACACCAAUGGUAUUUCUGUUUUACAGCUUCAUGGUAUGAAGAAUAUAUAUUAUAUAAGUUCUUUCUUUUUCCUCUCCACCAGCCUCAAUGUUCUCACGUGGGACGAUCCCUUAUUGGUAUCCGUGUUAGCAGGCCAGAACCUGACUGGUCAGCGCACAAAGAAAGGGAAGAAGGAGUUUCUCUGGGAAUCCCUGCCAGUUGUCCAGGCCAGAGUGAAAAAGCUAGAGAAUGAGCAGAGGUAAGUGCUCCGCUACGGCACUUUUCUGGCUGUUGAAGUUUUUCUUAGGAGUCUUGGAGGGGAAUGGGUUGGGUGUAUGUUCUCCCCAUUGUUCCUUGCAUGGUGUCUCACUGUGCGUAUCUGUACAUACACACAGACUUUAAUUCUGCACUAUAAGCAGGAAAUUCCGCUAAUAUCAAAUCAUCUCAUCUGUCUGUUUCUUUCUUAACGUAAAUCACAAACUCACAUAAUGUGAAAUGCUUGAAUCUCUCUUUUCAGUGUGUCGGAGAAAGAUUGUUACAGGGGUGCAGGGAAUGUUACCAGGCUUUUAGACGCUUAAAUGUCCAGAAAUGUUGUCUUUAACCCCUUAAGGACACAUGACGUGUGACACGUCAUGAUUCCCUUUUAUUCCAGAAGGGGUUAACCAUCAUAGACUAUACGUGAGAACAUCUUGGGAAUUUGUAGAACAAAAAAAUUAUCUCAAUACAGGAAUAUUGGGCCUUUAUUACUGUCAAUUUAUUUCAUUACAUUAAAAAAAAAAAAUUAAUAAAGCCAGUAAAUGCACUAUGCAAAGGGUGGGAAAGAAUAAAGCUCAAAGGUGGGUAAAAUGUGCCUGUAAGGAUCCAUUCAAAUAAUACAGCAAGGUUUAAAACAUGACUCUUUUCCAUUUCUUUUUUUUAUGUAAUUUUCUAUUCCUCUAGUGAAAGUAUUUUCAUCUGGAUAUAUACUGUCUCCUGCUGAUACUGAAUAGGUAGCCAACUGAAAACUAAAAGGAAGACUUUAGAACUGAUUUUCAUUAUUAAACCUGUCUGUUUGACACUGAUUUUGUCCUCACAGCUUUAUAACAAAGAGGUUGUGGGCUUAAACAAGGUAAAAUCAUGCAGCUUUUGCACCAAACAAAAAAUCCAACAAAAUAGUCAAUUACUAAUGGGCCUUAUAUUUACAAAGCAAAUGUAAAAUGUUUCUACAGAUAACGGAGAGGCAGACAUUUUGUUUAGAUUAAAUAUUCACCAAAUCUUUCUCGUUCUCUAGUUACAGGCAGCUGGUCCGUUACCUGAAUGCUGUGCGCUGCUCUGAAGCAUUUGGGUAAGUAAUUCUUGUGAUCUAAUACAAUCCAUUGAAGGGGAGCAGACACUUCUGAAUAACUGAAAGUCACCUGGAGUUUGUGUUUACUUGUUUUUGUCAUUCUCUGUUUUCCUUUAGUUUUAAUUUAAAGAUUUAGUAGUUGACAUGACAAUCUGGUUCAGCCUUGGCACAGACAGGGCACACAUUGUUUUGGAGGAUGUGAAAUAUCUAUGCUGAAUGAUGCGGAGGCAAGAUGGAGGAGCUGAGGCUAGGGCUAAAUUUAGCAGCGGAUGUAUACAUUUUAUUUUAGAGGAUAAGUCCGCAAUGCCUAAAUUUCUCACUUUUUCUUUAACUGUUAACUUGACAAAAUAGAAUUAACAUAAGCAAUAAAUUAGAAAAAUGGGAAGCUUCGUUAUAAACCUUGCCUUUUCACUUUGUAACCAUAUAGGUUAAACGCUUUGAGGCAGAAGACGUGUUUUUACAUGUGCAAAUAUGGCGAAUAUGCAAACGCGGCCUAUGCGUUGUUGAGCAUGAAGGGCAUGGCCUGCAGUAUAUCUAGCAUGCUAACCCCAACGCAGUUUGAGUUGUAUCUAACCAUGUUCCGAACUAGCAGCUGCCCUGCAGGAAAUGAACUAGUACAACAUGGAGUCUGGAUACCUUUUCAAGGUGAGCGAUGCAUGAUUUCUUGGUUUUACUGUAUAUUCGUUUAGUCUUCGUGUGUCUUCUGGAGACAUCUUGUGUGGUGGGAAGAAUGUGUGACAAUAGUUGAACAGAUUUAAUAAAUAUCCCAGAGCAAAGCAUGAAAUGCAUUGUAGGUGGUAAAAAUUGUCCUCGGCUGAUUACAGAGCCAUUUUCUAACUCUCUCUCCAUUUAGCUACUCUAUAACAUCUCUCCACUAUGUUUAUAGUUUUGCAGAACGUUAUUCCAAAAGAAUUUCUCAUUGCCACUUAUCCUCCUGCCAGAAAGACUUCUUAUCAAUGCAUGCACAGUACUCGGCCCAUAACCGCACCAAGUGAGCUGAUUUAAUUCACAAAGUGGCUGCAGACCAUUAGAGUAAAUACAAACCGGAAGCUGACAUCCUUACUAUAUGUUUCACUGGGUGUCCUCUGCUUCUAAUACAAGUUGCUUUGUAGUUCAGAUUACCUGUAUGCUUACAUUUGAUAGGGAAGUCUUUUUAUUUAUUUUUUUUCUCUGUGGUGAGGAAGUCAGGCUAAAGUACCAGGCUUUUGGUGCGGCAUUCUACAAACGUUUUUUUUUCUUCUUUACUUGCAAAAUCUAUACAUUCCGUCCUCGCUUACUGAAUGGGUUCCGUUUUUACGACUCGGUCGUAAAAUGAAUUGGUUGGUAAGUGAGGAUGCUCUAGAGAGCAGGUCUACUUUCAGGGGAAUUUCCCCAAACAUAGACCAGCUCCUCUAACGUGAGGAAUCCCUCGAAUCCCCACGCUAGAGAGCUGGUCACAAGUCGAAGCAGUCGUAAAGCAGGUAGGAUCCACCUGUAUACAUUUGGGCAAGCAAAACCCAUCAAGUACAUAAAUAAUAAGAAAAGGUUUACUUUUGUUAUAUGCUAACUUAUCUAGGUGAAAAUUUUUUGCCCUGGCAAGCAGAAAUUCCAUGUAACAGCGAAAUUCCAACACCAUCAAUUUGAGUAUACCAGAAAGAUUUUUUUUCUUAAUGAAAUUCUCACUUGGGUUCAGUCCAGACAUGAUGGCGCACAUUGUAAUGGGAUGUUUGAUAUAUCUAAAGUGAACGUUUCCCUUCUGCAAUAGACCUAAUUAUAUCCCUAUUUAGACAAGUCAUUGAAAUUGAUGUCACUAUUGCAGAAGUAGGAAAUUCCACAUUAGUGAUCUAAAAUGAGACUGGGACUAAAACAAUUUGACUGGUUAUUGUGGGAUAGCACCAGGGGACCCCUGGCACCGUAACCACUACAGCUGAUUUUAAGGUGCCUACUCUAGUAGAUAUGUGUGUGUAUUAUACAGUGUUAAAACAUGAGACUAUUAUUUUUAAUAAAUGCCACCAUUGUGAAUUGUCCGAUUUGUUAAUGUUAUGUAUAAAUUCUUCUUCUUCUGUUUCUUAGGAAAUCCAAUGAAGAAAGGGAUAUUGGUGCGCUGUGCUAUCAGAAUUAUUUAUAGUAAUAGAAUGCUGGCUCAAGAGGUGGGUGAAUUUGAGAUUUUCCAGGUUUUUAAUGAAGUAUUUUAAUGUAUAUGAAGUCUGUUGUGUGUGGAUAAAGAUAUGGCUACAAAUUCCCACUAGUUCUGUAUAGCAAUGUGUUAGAAAAUCUAUACCAUGAAAGGGCAAGGUUUAAGGUGUCUCUUGUAGACACAUGUGGGGAUUGAUCCAAGGUUACAUGUUAUGACACUUGUGCUCUUUUUAAGAAGCCUUUACUUCUAUCUAUACAUUGCGAUAGCAGAUUUGCUAGCAAAUAUAUAGAUUGCAGAGAAAAACUUGUUUAAAAAUAGGUCUUUCUCCUACCUGUCAGUCAGUCAAGGCUGGAGUGAUAAGCAGGACCACGGGUGGUCCUUCUGAUCUCCAAGCACAGCAUGUACAGCAAUUGCACCUUGGUUGCUAUGGUAAAUCCAUAGCGGACGCUGUUCAUGCUGUUUUGGGAGUAUAGAAAUGCAGAGACUGAAGUUACUCCUUUCAGACACGAGAAUAAAGCCAGCGUGCAGACGUCGCAGAGAUGUCUGAUGAGGACAUGGCAUUGCUGGUGUCAGGUGAGUCAUGGCAGGUUCACUUUAACUUUUCUGUUCAGUUUAGGAAAUGAGGAAAGGAAAACAAAACUGUGUUGACCUGCAUGCCUUUAAAAUGCUAUAGCUUAAACAACUGAUUGUAGGGGGAAAUUAUAAAGGAAACUUGCUGAUUUGUUUGUAUAGUAUGCCUCCUACUGGCUGAUUUCUGAAAUGCAAUUUUAACAUUUGGAAAACUAUAGUUGGGAAUACAAACAUGUAUUUCUAAAACUAUUUUGCUGAAAUAAUAUUUAGGUGUCUGGUCCCCUUCUCUGUGGAAGAAAAAGGUGUUAAACUCGCCUCAGUCUCAUCACGGGUGACCCCAACUCCAUUAAUCUUGGUGAUCUCAGCCAAUCUAAUGCCUUCCCAUAGGAAAGCAUUAGGAAGCUAUUGCGUGUGCAUGGCAAAACGCAACACUGUGCCAAAUCACCAUCUCAGUCCACUUCCGCAAAUUGGGAUCCAGCCAACGUGCCAUUAAACCCUGCAGCUAAUGGCGCAUCAAGAGUGGCGGUCACCUGUACUAAACUGAUCCAAGGCAAAGGAACUGUUCUCCUGUGGUUCUUCUUAUUGAAUUGCUUUCUGUUAAUGUUACCUUUUCUUUUUAUCUUCCUAUGCUAUGAUUACACGACUUACAUUGGUCGACCCGGGUACAUCCCGGUUACGCUAGCUCCCAAGUUAACAUCCCCCCUCAGCUCCGAAUCCUCUAGCACACACGGAAACUAAUCUGUGGAGCUGUCAAUACUAAUACACUACUCUGUAUUUCUACUGAUCUGUCACACCAACACAAAAAUAGUGCAGUAUUCCUUACAUUCCAUAUUGCAUAUACACCUUUGUCUCUGCAUUUAUACACUUGUGUGAUGUCUCAAUGUUUUUACUUGUUUGCUUUGCACUACAAAAAUGUCACACAAAAAAAAUCUCUUCUGUUGCUUACCUGAUUCCAGUGCCAAUGUUACUUGGCACUGGAUCAGGCUCCGAGGACAUGGACCUAAUGUGACUUAGGGCUAACCCAUAGGAAAGCAUUACUAAAUGCUUUCCUAUGGGGUUUUAGGUAAAGCUCGAUGUUCUCAUGCAGAGCGUGAGGACGUCCCGCGUGAUUUAGCGGACAAAAAGGUCCUUGCAAGUGGUUCUGGUGACUAGUGUUCCUUUGAACAUUUUUAUGUAGUUUUGGCUACUUAUGUCUGUACCUGUGAAACAGUAUGUAUACAUUUUGAUUAUACUUGUUACUAUAUAUUUUGUUUAAUUAUCUGCGUAGUAUUCUACACUUGGCCGACUGUGUUGUAUAAUUUGACAUGGAGCAAUUCAUGUACAUUUAAAGUUAUAUUUUGAUAGAAGCUAUGUCUUGGGGAAAAAUGGAACUUGAAAUAGCUAAAGUAUUCUGUAAACAUGCUCUUGAAUAGAAUAUACAACAUUUAAAAAAAAAAAAAAAAUCCUUUGUGUAUGUUCUGGGUACUCCAUAUAUUGGUAAAUUAAAGUGUGUGUGUGUAUUCAAAGUUUACUGUUAUGCAUUAUUUGCACAUCUCAACCUGGACUUUGGUCACAGUGGUUUCCCAAAAUUCCCAGCUAGACAUGCAAAUGAGCAUGGACUAACUUCAUGUUUCAGAUUUCAUCCAACGCUGAGGCUUUUUAUUCUCACUUUCUAAACUUUAAAGGGACACUAAUAGGCACCCAGACAACUUCAGCUCAAUGACGUGGUCUGGGUACAGUGUCCCUAUUGCACUUAGUACUGCAAUGCUUACAUUGCAGCACUAAGUCUGCCUCAGGUGGCUGUCUCCCAGAUAGGAUGCAGGAAGCGCCUCCAGUGGCAUUAGCGCACACUCCUCUCAACAUCGAAAGGCGAAGCUGCAACCCAGUGGUGGACUAGGGUAAGUAAAUAAAGGGUUUUUGCCACUUUAUUCUGGAGUACGAGGGAGGGGGUUGUCAGAGGGUCUAUAGUGCCAGGAAUACAGCUUUUUAUUCCUGGCACUUAUCGUAUCCCUUUAAGUUCCUGUAUAACUAUUUUAGCUUAAUUUGUCUUCUAUGCAAAGAAAUUAUAAUAAACCUAUUUGGGGGGGAAAGUUUGAUACUUUGAAUAAUUCUUCUAGUGCCAAGUAAAAGCACAACAUUCUUUUGUUGAUUAACCCAUCUUGCUCCAGAGAUGCUAGCAAUAAUUGUGUUUUUUUUUUUGUUUUUUUCAAAAAAUUCUUUUUUUAAUGUGCCAAUACUUUCCUGUUUUUUGUUUUUUUUCCUUCAGCCUUCAUGCUGGGCUGCUCUAAUCCGCACAUGGUGCACUAGUGAUUUUAUAAGUGCCAACGGAAAUAUUCAACCCCUUCAUUUGGAAGAACCAGACGAGCAGUUCCAACGAGUACGUUGUCCGCCUUUGUCUCAUUACUGCAUUAUUUUGUGUGGUUUAGGGGUGCAGUGGAAAGUGUCAACAUUCUCUACUGAAAACUACCUGUGAUAUUGCAAAAUCAAGAGGAUUUAUGCAUAAACAGCAAUAAUAUAUUUUAAUGUGGGGCCUUCACAAAAGAGUCAAUUUGAAUAAUCCUGUUUUUUUUUUGUUUGUUUUUUCUCCCUCUCUUUCUCUAAAUUAAACUUUGGGUGGGGUGUGUGUGUGUGUGUGUGUGUGUGUGUAUAUGUAUAUGUGUAUAUAUAUAUAUAUAUAUAUAUAUAUAUAUAUAUAUAUAUAUAUAUAUAUAUAUAUAUUACACAAACUCUGACUGUAAUAAGUGAGUCUUCAGGGGACUGGGGCGGUGUCUGUGUGAUACAUUAAUUGUCAUCUCCUGGGUAACCGCCUAUUUUUCUUUACAUGUAGAUAGUUUUGGACAUGUCUUGUAACAUCCUGGAACAGCUGCAACGACAAACACAUGCCUAUCUGCCUGACCCAUUUACUAAAGUAAGUUGUCCAUAAUUUAAUUUGUUUUGCUAAAUGCCUCCAUUUUAAAGGGUGCGUGUGCAAAGUGGUAGCAAGCACAGAAAUUAGGAAAAAAUAAAAGAUUUAAUAUUUGUGACUUUAGCAAAUUAAGGUACAAUGGAUCCUAUAACAGUGACAUUGCAGAAUGAGAGCCUAUAUUUGUAAGUCUUUUUUGAUCUGUUAUCUUGCAAACCAAGCACUGCAUGUUUAUAAUGCUGUUUAUCCGUGACAAUUGUUUAUUUCGUAAAAUUGAGAGUUAAAGGGAAACCUGGUUAAAAUAAAAAAUAAAAAUACUAUAUUUUUCCCCCCCGACACGAACAGUAGGUCCCUGCUUAAUGGUUAAUGUAAGCCAGGGAAACCUUCCUUACCUGAAUUCUAGGACUGUUUACUAUGUGAUUGUGGGUACAGAAAACGUAGGGAGCUCUGUGUGUAGUGGGCAUUCAGCAGCCAUUUUGUGUUCUUCCAGUAUCCUCUUCCUUCUGAACUGAUCCUUGUGGUACAAGCCGUUGUUCAGUUUAUGAUGAGUUCUGCAAAGCCUCUGCGACAUAUUUUAAAUCUCAUAUUUGCGUUUAAGGUAAGACCAUAUGAUUUCUCUCCUCCCCUCUCCCCCAACCCCAGAGAUAGUUGUUGUUGGGUUUUUUCUGUGAUUAGGUAAAAAAAAAAUUACCCCAUAUUUUUCAAAAUGGUAUGGAUAAUGCAUUAAAAUGUAAUCUAAAUCAUGUUUAUGUUGAAUAUUGGAUACUUCUUUUGUCACUACGCAAAGUCAUGAUUACUGACAUAUUGUUCUUUUUAUGCACAACAAAAAUAAUUAAAAAAAGGUCAUUUAAAUAAAACAAGAUGCACACCUGACUGCCUGCCCUUGCUGGAUUGGAAAACUCCAUUCCAAUGUAUGGGAACGUAUUUUUUUUUUUUUUUUCUUGUCUAGCAGUGGUUUAUGGGAUUAGUAGUUUGUCACCCCACUUGCAGUACCAGAGACGUGCUAAUGUGGAAUUCUUUGAUGACUAUACCUGUGGUAUAUAAUUGUAGUAAACGUCAGGGGCAGACAUAUAAUGGAAAAUUUAUUCAGCACCUGCCAGGAACUGAAUGUUGCCUUUCUCCGGCCCAUUCUGUUUGAGCAUUGCAGUAACCUAUCCUAAUAUAGGAUCUGGCCAGUUGUUCAGAUGACCAUAAAGUACCGGUAUUAACCACAAGCCAGCAAGGCUUAACCUUUGUUACUGCUUUUAUCAUUAACUAUGUUUCCCAUAAUGCUUAGGCAAUCGAUAUGCUGAAAAAUGAAUAAAAACAACUUCUUAAAACUAGAGGUUGGUUUCUCUUAAUCACUUUGUUUCUACACCGAAUGGAUUAAAAAUCAUCCAGCUAUUGAAACAAUGCAACCGUGUAACAAAAUAUUCCCAUUGAUGAUUUUACAUAGAAAAUAUGGGGGCUUAUUUCAUGUGUUUAGUGGCUUUUAAGCUCUACGGCUAGACUCAGAGCCACAAUGUCAACAUAGGUGUCAACAUUUGGAAUUUUAACAGAAAUGCUUUUCUUCCAGGCAAACUUUUGGGCCAUGUAUCUCAUGAUUUCUGGAAUCAGUCCCAUGGCGGACCUGCUAGGCAACUUUGUGUCUGCCCUUAAGAAGGAUAUGCGCGAGGAUGAACAGUCUGUGGUGGAAGAGUGCGUUCUUUUUUUUUUUUUACUUACAUUAAUAUAGGACUUCUCAUUAACAAUACUGUCUCAACACUAUAUCAUGCUUUCCUAUGAGGGAAGUCCUAAUGCGAGCACAACACUUGCCGCGUAAGUGUAUUGGGUCCCUUCAUGGUUGCAAUCUUUGCACCAUGUGAGUUGUAGACACCUAAAAAUAUAUAUGCAGAAUUCUGGGUAUUCUAGCCAAGCUGCAACAAUACUUAUAGUGAAUUGAAAACCAUAUUGCAAACUAAAGGCCAAAACAUCCAUUUAAAAAGACAACAACUCCAUCUUGCUGUAUACAUGCCUGCAGCUUAUUGUUAUCACAAUGUUCCUCCUUGCAGAAUAAGUAACAGCGGAGGUUUGUAAAUUAGUUCAUUUGAAGAAACGUAUUCCUUGUGUGUUUGAGAAGUUAAACUGUUAUAUCACAGAAAAUGCUGCUGUUAGUGCAGACGCUCUGAUGCUGCUUACUGACUUACUGUUGAUUGUGUUUUGAUCAGAUUGAGAAACAAUGACUUCAUGUAUGCGUCCCAGCUUGCAGCCAUGUUUUUACUGCAUGACAGUGAGCUCGUUCGGCGUGUUGGACUUCAUGUGAUUGAUAUAAUACUAAAAAGUAUUGCAAUGUGAGUAUGGAAAGAUUACAAUGUUUUAAAUUCCUAACUGUAAAUGCAAUUUUUGUCCUGCAAGACCCAAGAGCCUCUAGUUUCUACUAAGUAACUGUUUCUGGAUGCACUGGUUUUACUAAUACCACAGUAAAGAGGUAAAUUGCUAAAAUGUUCUCUUAAUGUGUAUUUCGCGUUCCAUCUGAUUUAUAUUUGCAGCAAAACAUUGAAUUUUUUUUAUAAAUGCAGUCAUUCUGUUUGAUAUUUACCCUGAUAAAAUAAAUGGCAUAUGUUUGCAGACAUGGGGAAUAACCACAUAUCUUAAACUAUAAAUGUUUCAAACACAGGCACAUAGACUUGUUGCUUCCCAUUGUGAAAGACUUUGUAUUAAUUUCAUGUGAAAACGAUCAUCUCUUAUAUUAUCAUUUUCAGCUAUCAACAGAAUUCUUGUUUUUGACUUUUUAUGGAUUUUGCUUGCUUGAUCAGUCAGAGCUGUACAACUCAAUACAAAGUAAUGUCAACACAAUAUUAAUAUUAUAAUAUAUUCACUAACUAAAUAUGUUUAAUCUCAAAGAGGUCCCUUAAUGGUCACCCUCAUUGCCCCUUGAUUUUCUGUAUCCUUGGACUGAAACCUGACAGCUGAUUAAAUUGCAUGGAAAGCAUUCUGUCCUCCUAAAUCAUUGAUGUGUAAUAACUACUCAAAAACAUAGUAAGCCUUACAAGUUUACAUUUAACAUGGCCUACAUAAGGUUUUAAUUAUUUUUUAUUAAAGAUAAACUGUGCUACUCUCGGAACAUGCAGAACAUGUACCUGCAACAUAUAGUAGAUAAUGCUGAGGUUAGGCACUGUGUCAGUAUUUGAAUACAAAAUGAAACCGAAGUAGAAACAAAACAUGUUCUCGUAGAUUUCCAGAUAACCAACUCUUUUGCUCCCCUACCCCUAAUAUCCACUUAUGAAUCUUGGUAUGUGCCUCAUUUAGGGCUUUCAUUAUUGGAAAUGCAUAAUUCAUAAAGCGUAAUUUAUUCCACUUACGUGCUAGUUGUUUCUAAACGGCAUGUAAACGGACUGUGACUGUUACUCCAGUGCGGAAAGUCUAUUUAUGCUCAAGUUCUUUCUCGGGUACAGUUUUAGUAAGUUGCUCUCUCUGAUGACAUUUCUUGUUUCACUUCCAGGUUCACGUGGGUUCCAAUGUUUGCUAAUUACUUGAAUACUAUGGUAAGUGUAUGGGAGAUGACAUUAUAAAUAACCAUGAAAAACCUGGACCACAGCAGGGGGUGGGGGGGGGAGCAAAAAUACAUACUAUAACAUAUCAGUGUGUGCCCUGGUCUUGUUUUUAAAGGGACACUGUAGGCACCCAGGCCACUUCAGCUCAUUGAAGUGGUCUAGGUGCAAUGUCCCAUGUAUCUUAACCCUGCAAAAGUAAGUGUUGCAGUUAGCGAGAAACUGCAAUAAUAACCAUCCAGGGUUAACUUCACCUCUAGGGACUGUCUACCAGACAGCCACUAGAGUGCUUCCUGGUUUGAAACAGACCUUUGGUUUGUUAUCUGAUGGUGAACAUCCUCACACUCUGCAUGAGGACCUCCAGCGUCGAAUUUUUCCCCAUGGGGAAAUCGUAAUGCGAUUGCGGCACAUGCACAUUUAGGUCUCCCCCGUUGGUGGGGGAGAAGCGUGGGCGGAGCCAGACCCAGCGCCGAGGGACAUCUGCACUGGAUUCAGGUAAGUGACGGAAGGGAUUUUAACCCCUUCAGCACAGCGGGAGGGGGCACUGUAGGAUUCUGUAGUGCCAGGAAAAUAGCUUUGUCUUUCUGGCACUAUAGAAUCCCUUUAAAGGAACACUAUAGGGUCAGGAACACAAAAAUUUAUUCCUGGCCCUAUAGUGUUAAAACCACCAUCUAGCCUUCCUAAAUAUAGUAAAAUCUUACUUGGAUUCAAGUCUGAAGCUGCUGGCUCUGCCUCUGAAACUGCCUGUGUCUGCUGACUUCAUCAGAAAUGGUGGCCUGAUCCAAUCACAGUGCUUCCCCAUAGGAUUGGCUGAGACUGACAAAGAGGCAGAUCAGGGGCAGAGCCAGCAUGAUUCAAACACAGCCCUCGCCAAUCAGCAUCUCCUCAUAGAGAUGAAUUGAAUAUAUGAAUCUCUAUGAGGAAAGUUCAGUGUCUGCAUGCAGAGGUUGGAGACACUGAAUGUCAGUCACAAUGUGGAGCACUGCCCCAGGAAGGAUCUCUAGCAGCUAUCUGAGUGGCCAGUGUAGGUAUAACAAGGCUGGAAUGUAAACACUGCAUUUUCUCUGAAAAGACAGUGUUUACAGCAAAAGGCCUGAAGGGAAUGGUUCUACUCACCAGAACAAAUUCAAUAAGCUGUAGUUGUUCUGGUGACUAUACUGUCCCUUUAAAGAUUUUCCUUUGUCAGUUUAAUCAUUGUUUUGCUAAUCACAUUAAUUGCUAAUCAGAUACUUUUAUUUUCUAUGGGAACCUUUGCUAACCCACUAAGUUUUGUGUUUUCUCCUACAGGUACUUGGUAGUCCUGCAUAUGCCAAUGCAAGUUUACAUGAGCUGCAAUUACUGAAAAGUAAAAUUGGACAGUUAAUGGCAAAGUCUAAAUGUCCUGUCACCAAUGGGGCCCAGUGACCAGAAUACACCAUCGUCAAUACCUGUUUAUAUACGCACUUUUUAAAGAGCAUCUACACUUCUAUUAAAGAGCAGAUUGGAUGAUUUGUAGCUCUCUGGCUGUUUGUGUACCACAAAUCCCAUGAUCCUCCAUAUCACUCCGGUUGGAGUAAGUACUUGGGAAAUGUUGUCCUGGAGAACAUGUUUUUUUGCCACUGAACUAGAACAUUUGCACAUUUGUUUAAUCUAGUUUCUGUAUCUGCAAUUUAGAAUUAUGACCAUUUUAGGGGUGUUCCCCCCCCCCUCUUUCAGUCAAUUUUAAAUCAAAGCAAAGUUAAUUUUACAAUACGGCAUGUUGUGGUAAAAAUAUGUAUAUUUUUUUACAAAAAAUACAUGGGAGUGUACCAUAAACUGUAAAUCAAUCUAAAGGAUGCAGGUAACGUCUGUGACAGACAAUCUCUGCUUUCCACAACAAAAAAACGUUGUAAUAGAUGAUCUCUUAACUAGAUCUAUUCUGACAGUGUCUGUGAAAACUAGCAUCUCACGCUGCAGGAACAAUGCAAGGAACUUAAAGUGGUGGUGUUGGAUUGAGUGCCCCCACAGACACUGUUUGAGAAACUUAACUAUGAUACAAGUUUUUUUUUUUUAAGUUUUUCUUUAUUUGAACUAUCCUUAAAAUAUAUAUAUAUUUUUGCUUCUGUUAAAGGAACACUGCAAGGUUAAAAUAUUUUCUUAAACGUUAAGUUUUUAUGCUGUUUAAGACUUAA